AUGGCAGGCGGCAGAGCGGGGCCCCGGCGGCGGCCGAUGACCUUGGCCGAGGCAGGCCCGGGCACGGAGAACGAGAGGGUGGGUUUGGUCCGGCUCAGCAUGCUGCGCAACCCGCUCAUCCUCAAGCCAGAACUGGGGAAGCCCAUGAGAAACUGCUACUCCCUGCCAGGACCUGAUUUUACCUAUGGCAUGUACAUGCACAAGAGAGAUGGAGGAGUCCCUGAAGCCAUAGGCCACUGGGAUUCAGUGAAGGCCAAGCCUCACAAAAGGGUCAUGCCCCGAGAUUUCGUAACCAUGGGCUGUAGGGCUGUGGAUGAAGGCUGCACCAAAGCCCGCGAGUUUGCUCUAUACUACAAGUACAUGGACAUCCGCUGCAAAGAUAAGAAUAUUCUCAGAUAUGGCUGCAAGAUCCCUCCAGGCAUGACAUUUGGCAGGCCAUCACGGCCUCCCACUCCCCUUUUUGACAUCAUGCAACACAGAUACAAGGAGCUGUGGAUGGAGCGCCAGAGAGCCCGGACUGUAUUCCAGCACAGUCCAGUGAAGAAAAAGAUUGGCGAGGUGCGUGAGAACCGCACCGCGUUCCUGCGCACGCACCCGCCGCCGGUGAAGGAGGAGUCCUUCUGGCACCCACAGCGCUUUGAGAAGGCUGAGCCUCAUCUCAGGACUUUUCCAGACCCUGACUCCCGUAAAAAGGCUCUCAGUGCCUCCCAUUGAGGAGUGCCUGCUAGUGGUCCCCUUCCCCAGAGGGCCCCCACAGCGAGGACCAUGCUGGGCACAGCCCUUGAACCCGGGGAUUCCACAGGAAAAAUACUUUCUCUCAGGCUUUACACAGUUAUGCUAAUGCACAUAAAGCCAAAUAAAUCAUAGACAUAAGAGGAACAAUUCUGUCUCAGCCUGUUCAUUGCUUCAUGUCAGUGGCACAACAGCAGCACAGUUCUCAGGAUGCUCAGGAACAGGGCAGUGCCCACACCAGCACAGCCCCGCAGGGAAGGCAGGACAGGCUCCUUCCCUGCAGGUAAUGGACAAAUAGAUUGGUGCAACCAUAUCCUAGCUGAUAUCAAAUCCGUAAUAGCUCAUCAGUCCUCGUUUCUUUGCCAAAAAAAAAAAAAAAAAAAUAAAAGUUUCUCAUCAGUGCCUGAUUCAGCAAAGCCAUUGGCUGCAGGAAGGAAUUCAAACACCUGCUUUGAGUGCUCUGCCAAACUGGGGCCUCACCACAGGCAAUGCCUCUAAGGUGGCUCCAGCCAGCUCCACACUCAUCCUCUAAUAGCUGCUGGUGCCUGGAGUCCCUCAGGGCUGAGCCUCUUCAAGUACUCACUGAACAAACUCAAACUCUUCCAACACCAACUCAACAUCACAGCACCCAAACCCACAGGUUCAAUCAGGAAUCAACAUGUUUGGAAUCCCAUCUUCUCCCAGAGGAACAUUUCACUUCAAAUACCACUUGGCUAAAAGCACCAUUGUUUAAACUGUGGAUCUCUAUUAUUACAAAUGGAAUAAUUAAUAACUCCUAUAUAGUCUGCAUCUCACAUCUACCAUC